UAGCAACGGCGGUGGUGCCGCAGCGCUGCAGGCCAACCUCGUUAUUUGUCUUUACUUGUCAUUAUAUUUAGCAGUCGUGAAGUAUGUCGUCCUACAGGGACCCAGAUUACCAUUUACUGUGCGAGGAAAUGCAACACAAAAUCGAACUUUUGGAGCGCGACAGAACAGCGGAGUACGAGAGCUCGCAGGCAGCGAUGAAGAAGAACCGAGACCUGAUCCGCCAGCUGAGAGAGGACAACAGGACCCUCCACAGGAGACUGGCUGAUGUUGUUGCUGACAAGGAAAGCAACAGCGAAGCGCAGCAACGCAAAGCAAUGGAAAAAACAAAAUGUCUCAACGCCAUGAAACAUACAACCUUGACUUACCAGAGGCAGCUUGAGGAGCUGAAGAAUCAGUAUCAAAGAAUGAAGCCCAAAGACACCAGCGGUUUGCUGGAUGACGCCAUGAAACUACGAGAUUUGGAGAACAGACUGAAAAAGACUCAGUUGAAAGUCUCUGAGGUGGAGGACUUGAAUACGUAUUACAUGAAAGUCAAAAGGCAUCUGGAGGAGGAGAGUGUGUGUUUCCAGAGCCAGCUGGACAACCUGGAAGCAGAGAUACUGAAGGACAGACAGGAACUUAGCAACCUGGAGGUCAUGAACCAAAAGGCCCAGCUUGCUAAAGAAUCAGUGAAGACUGAGCUGCAACAGCAGGAAGAACGUCUCUCUAAGGAACGGCAGGAGAGAGAAAAAUUUAUAGCCAGCUACAACAGGAAGAUGGAGGAGCGGAAGGCGCAGGCCUUCAGAGUGGAGAAAAGGGUUCCAAAAACAAACCUCCCGGGUGAGGAGGUGAGCAGUCAGGUGCGCUGCAGGAUCAACAGUGAUGAAGAAAGAAAGUCCUCCAUGCUGGAAACCUUCCAACAGAUCAAGGAGGCGACCGGAGUCAAAGAUGUCCAGGAACUGCUGGAGCGUUUCGUCACACAGAAGGACACUCAGGAUCAUCUGGAGACAAUGAAAGAAGAAAAUGUGAGAGUCCUGCUUCAGCUGAAGGAGCAGAGGGACCAACUCAGUCAACAGUUUGAAGAUAUAAAAUAUUCUGGGGAGGCACACUUCUCAAGAGACCAGCAGCUGCUGGAGGAGUGUGAGCAUAAACUGCUGGCUCAGCUUCAGAAGAGUCACGCUGCUAAGGAGCAGCUGGAUAAGCUGGUCAGGACACAUGGCACCAUCCGCGCUGGAGUGAAGCACGUCGCAGACAAACUGCAGCAUAUUUCGCUGAGUGGUGAUUCCUUGCCUGAGGGGUCGGAGGGCUCUGAGGAGUCGGUGUUGGAGCUAAUGGUCCAGUGUGAGAGGAAGCUGAAGGCCCUGCAGGACGAGCUUCAGACAGAAGACCAGGCUGCCAUUUUGAAAGAGAUAGAGGAGCAAGAGUUUUUCAUCAAAGUUGAGGAGGAGCUGCCGGAUUACAACACGCGGGUCAAGCUGCCGGACGACGACACAGAGGAGCUUCGCCGAGGUGAGGACGAGAGCGAGGAAGAGGACGCUAACAUCGUCACACGGGAAGCCUUGAAGAAUCAGUCCCAGCAGAUUAUUGAGUCCAGGUCCAAGAAGAAGCAUUGGGCCAAGAAGGGCAAGUUCUGAGAGGCACGUCGCAGCAUGAUGGAUAUGUUUUUGUGAUGUAAAUUUCAG